UAAUAAAAUCCCUUCUUCUCCACUUCCAAAUCACACUCAAAAGAAACAGAGAGCAACAAAGCAAGAAAAAGAAAAAGGGUGUAAAGAGAGAGAAAUAAUGCUUGUGAGUCGGCCUCUUUCCUUAUAUAGAAGGUCGCCGAGCAGCCUUUCGAUGCCGGUGGCAGCGACGGAGGGACCGUUUUCGGGGCUUUUCGUGGUGAAAGAUGAGGAAGCCGAAGCCGAGGAUUCGUACUGUUGGGGGAUUUGCAGGCGGAGGAGGAUUAAGAAGCCGCCAUUUCCACAAGAUAGAAUCUUGACAAUUAUUCAUAGCUCUUCUCAGUAUGAAGAAGCUAAGUCCACUAAAGUUUGGUUGCUGCCUGUUCUUGAUCGUCCUCUUUCUUCUAAUCGUUACUAUCUUAUCAAAGCUCGUGGCAAACAUAAAGGGAAGGCAUAUAAAUGCUCAAGAGAAGAUGAGAUAACAACAUGUUGCUUUGGGGAUGUUUUAAGCGACAAGAAGCCAUCAGCCUUCAACUUGAAAGACAUCUACCAACAGUUUCAGAUUCACCGUUACCACGGCGGCGGUUUCUAUGCUCAGUCGGUCGCUCCCGACGGCGUUCCGCCAAAGUUUCUCCGAACAAAAGGAUGGAAACUUCGUUCUUCUUCUUCAUCAACUUUGCAUCUUCCAUUUGAAGAAGCUCUUGGCUUAGACUCCUCUAGUAGACAGCUUCUUCCCGACUUCAACUUCCCCAUCUUCACCACUCGCUCUCCUCCUGUGGUGGUCGGAAUAUGGUUUUGCCCAUUUGUUUUUGUGAGAGAGAACUCAAUCAGCAUAAGAACACAAAUGAAAAUAUCACCAAUUUACUCUCUCACUCUAGAACAGUGUUGGGAAGAGAUGGUCUCUUGCGAGAACCCUAACGACGAAACUAGCUCUAUCGUGACCGUCGCCAUUGAUGUGUCUAGAGAGGUCGUGUUGGUGGCUGGGAGAGAAGUGGAGAGAGAGAAAGGAGACGAGCAUAGAAAAGGGUUCGUUUGGUUUAAAGUUUCUAAUAGGUUAGAUAGUAGUGGAAAAGCUUUAGGCGUAGGACUAAGCAUUGCCCUAGUGGAGAAGAUGAGAUGGGUGCAAGAAGCGGGCGGCUGGUUCGGCGGCUGCAGCGACAACGGCGAAGAGAAAGUAGUGAGGGUGGAGAAAGUAGAAGAAAUUACAAGUGAGAAUGGAUGGAGAAGAUUUAGCCUUUAUAUGUUGGUGGAAAGCUUUGUUCUUAGGAGAUCCAAUGGAGGUUUGGUUUGGAAAUAUAAUUUCAGGCACACUCAUACCAUUAAAUGUAAAUGGGAAUAGUAAGUAACAUGAUCAUUUUUUUUCCUUCUUAUUAGCUAUAAGUACAUAUCUUUCUUAAGUUGUAGAUUUGAAUCCCUCUUCUCCUCAUUUGUAAAUUAAUGUGUUACAAAAAAAUAUUAGAAAUUAAGCUAGAUUUCAUGAUACAUAUAUGUAAAUUCAUAAUUUCUAGAUAUACAAAUUCCUAAAUGCAUGGAGGUCGAUCUUUUAUUAAGGUAUGUGAAUAGUA